AGAGCAACCUGAAGAAGAAGAGGAAGAGCGACCCAAACCAAGGCCAGUGGUUCCACAGUUGGCUCCUCCGAAAAUCCCAGAGGGAGAGAGAGUAGAUUUCGAUGACAUCCACCGCAAGCGUAUGGAAAAGGACCUGCUGGAGUUGCAGACCCUCAUUGAUGUACACUUUGAGCAGAGGAAAAAGGAAGAGGAAGAACUUGUUGGUCUCAUGUCAAGGAUUGAGCACCGACGGGCAGAAAGGGCUGAACAACAGCGGGUCCGCACUGAGAAAGAACGGGAGCGACAAGCCAAACUUGCAGAAGAGAAGAUGAGGAAGGAGGAGGAAGAGGCUAAGAAGAGAGCUGAAGAUGAUGCCAAGAAGAAGAAAGUGCUCUCCAACAUGGGUGCUCAUUUUGGUGGCUACCUGGUCAAGGCUGAGCAAAAGCGGGGCAAGAGGCAGACGGGCCGUGAAAUGAAGAUCCGGAUCUUAUCUGAGCGAAGAAAGCCUCUGAACAUAGAUAAUAUGAAUGAGCAACAGCUGAGGGACAAAGCCAAGGAAUUGCAUGACUGGAUCCAUCAGCUUGAGUCAGAAAAGUUUGACCUGAUGGAGAAACUCCAAGGCCAGAAAUAUGAGAUCAAUGUCCUUUACAACCGGAUCAGCCAUGCUCAGAAAUUCAAAAAAGGUGCCGGAAAAGCCAGACUUGGCGGACGCUGGAAGUAAAAAAACUCAAGAAACCAGGUCUGGACGCUUCAUUGGCAGGAAAAAAAAUGGCUAUUGACUCCAUCGCAUAGCUUGCCCUUGUCUAGUUUUGUUCUGAAAUUGACCACUCUGCCCUGUAUCCAUUCUCUUCCACUUCUUGUCAUGUGUGCCUGUAACAUAUUGCAUGUUAUGAACCACACACAAUAAACCAACUUCUCUCCUCUGCGGAA